GUGAAGAUGAGCCAGGAACAGCCACAAAGGCCUCAAGCGGGUGAUCCGAUUAAAUACGGCGACAUAUUCAACGUCUCUGGUGAACUCACCUCCAAACCUGUCGCACCACAAGAUGCUGAGUUGAUGCAGAGCGCUGAGACCACCGCGUUUGGACAGCCCCAGGCGGGAGGACCAGCUGAAGUCAUGCAAUCUGCUGCAAGAAUAAACGAACGAGCAGGUGUCGUCGGUCGUGAUGACGUAAAUGAUAUCGCUAGAGACAAAGGCGUGACCAUAACAGGAACUGAAGUUCCGGGUGGCGGCGUAAUCACUGAAACAGUUGCUGGACAGGUUGUUGGACAAUAUGUUCAAGUGCCGGUGGGGCAACAAACAGCCGCAGGAGUGGGAAACCAAGGUAAAAUUACAAUGGGACAAGCGCUUGAAGCCGCUAUACAAACAGCCGGGAGCAAGCCAGUGGAUCAAAGCGAUGCUGCAGCGGUUAGAGAAGCUGAAGUGAGAGCAACUGGUAGCAGUGUCGUAAUUCCAGGUGGAUUCGCAGCUUCAGCUCAGUCAGCUGCAGCUUAUAAUGCAGGAAUGAUCCGCGAUGAGGACAAGAUAAAGCUUAGAGAUGUUUUGACGGGUGCGAGUGGAGGUCUGCCGGCCAAGGAGGUGACCCAAGAGGAUGCUGAAGGGGUGCAGAACGCGGAGAAGUGGCAUAACAUUGGUUUCUCUACACAUCCGGGCGCUACGGCUGCUAGGGUCAACCAGCAGCGUGUCAACGUGUAG